AUCUACAUCGUCAACAGCAAACAACUGGAAGAAUAGUCUAUUUCAUCUAAUUAAUUGGUUUACUCCUAUGUCUUGAAGGCGAAGUCAAUAACCGAGUCUUAUAUCGCAAAUAGUAACUCUGAUACGGUCAAUAGCUGCGACCAUGGCAGUCGCAGAAUGGUUUGCUGUACCCAGUCUCUGGCUGUUAACCAAAUCCCUAUUUAUCGGGUUUAUCCCUUUGUACUUUAUCACGGUUAUAUGUAAUGCUCUAUACAAUGUGUUUUUGCAUCCUCUCCGGAAAUAUCCUGGCCCAACUCUAAGAGCCGCUUUUCAGCUACCGGAUAUGCUAUCCUUACUAAGAGGUACCGCAUACAAGGACACCAAGGCAUUGCACGACAAAUACGGCUCUGUAGUCAGACUGGCACCAAACACUCUAUCUUACAACUCUUCUCAAGCUUGGAAAGACAUCUAUGGCCUCAAGCCUGACCGGUCAGAACUAGACAAGCACCCGGCCUACUACAAGAGAUCAUCUCGGAACCUCCUUGUGGUUAACCAAGCUGAUCACACCCGCAUGCGCAAAUUGAUUGCUCACGCCUUUUCUGACACGGCUCUCCUUGAGCAAAGCCCUAUAUUAACCAAAUACUUUGAUCUUUUGGUCGAAAGACUGAAGCAGCAGAUUGAUGGACCUGAAAAGGGUCGACUGAAUAUAGCUGCGUGGUUUAAUUUUACCACAUUCGACAUUAUUGGAGAUAUGACCCUUGGCGAACCAUUUGGGGCCUUGAAAACGGAGACUAUACUCCAUGGAUGCGGUGCUAAUGUCUUCUCGGCAAUCAAAUUUCUCGGAGUCAUCCGGUUUGCCGAAACGUACCUCAUCGUUGGGCUUCUCUUACUUUUACUGCAGAAAAGUAUGCCUUCACUUGCAAAAAAAAGAGCCGCUCAUCUAGAAUACACCAAGAAAAUGAUCGACGCCCGUCUCGCUCGGGAAACUGACAGGAACGACUUUAUGACAUAUAUACUCCGUCAUAACGACGAGCGUGGCAUGUCUUAUCAGGAAUUAGUUGGGACCUGUAGAGUCUUCCUCGUAGCUGGCUCUGAGACGACGGCGACUUUGCUUUCUGGAGCAAUCUUCUAUCUACUACAGAAUCCAAGCUGCAUGGAUAAAUUAAAGCGCGAAGUCCGAGAAGCCUUCCCAACCGCUAACGAUAUUACGAUGCGUUCUGUCACUUCUUCCGGUCGACUUUCGUACAUGGAAGCAGUUUUGCAAGAAUCUUUUCGGUGUUAUCCACCAGUUCCGUCUACUCUACCACGUAUCACAGGGUCAGGGGGGGCAAUUAUAGAUGGAAAAUUUGUUCCACCUGGGACCUCUGUUGGCGUAAACCAGUGGUCGGCAUACCGUAGCAGCAGCAACUUUGCUUCACCGAACACAUUUGAUCCCGGCCGAUGGCUACCGGACGCCCCAGGAAAAUAUCGAGGGGAUAACAAGGCUGUGCUCCAACCAUUUACACUUGGUCCGCGUCAAUGUAUAGGCAAGGGACUGGCAUAUUUCGAGCUUCGAUCUAUUCUAAGUCGUAUGAUGUGGCAUUUUGAGAUAGAGUUGGAUACAGACAGUAGAGGUUGGCUGGAUAAUCCGAGGGAGUUUGCGCUUUGGGACAAGCCACCAUUGUGGGUGAGGUUGAGACACCGUACUGAUUAG